AUGGAGAAACAAUUUGGGAAGAGAUUUGAAGGGAAGGUUGCGAUUAUCACGGCUUCGACUCAGGGCAUCGGCUUCAGCAUCGCUGAGCGUCUCGGCUUGGAAGGAGCCUCUGUUGUCGUCUCCUCUCGCAAACAGAAGAAUGUAGACGAGGCAGUGGAACAGCUUAAAGCUCGAGGAAUCGAAGUGUUAGGUGUGGUAUGUCAUGUGUCAAAUGGACUGCAAAGGAAGAAUCUGAUUGACGAAACCAUUCAGAAAUAUGGGAAAAUAGAUGUGAUUGUCUCCAAUGCUGCUGCUAAUCCUUCUGCUGAUCCCAUUUUGGAAAUUAAAGAAUCAGUACUUGACAAACUUUGGGAAAUUAAUGUGAAGUCAUCUAUCCUUAUUGUACAGGAUGCAGCACCUCACUUGCAGAAGGGUUCAUCUGUUAUUUUUAUUUCCUCUGCUGGUGCCUACCAACCACAAGCUUCCAUGGCUAUGUACGGGGUGACAAAAACAGCUCUUCUUGGUCUUACCAAGGCCCUUGCCACUGAGAUGGCCCCUGAUACCCGUGUAAACUGUAUUGCCCCUGGUUUUGUGCCCACAAAUUUUGCUGAUUAUAUUACGAAAAAUGAUGCAGUUUAUUACGUAGUGUAUAUUAAUUUCUUGAGAGAAGUCAAUGAGAUUUUUUCCAAAGCAUCUGGGAGUUCGCCGGCACUGGCAAUCCAAGCGGUCGCCGCAUAUACGGUUACGAUUACCACAAUGCCGCCGCAGCAGUCCAUGCAUGGUGAUGUCAUAAGCACAAAGCAACAACCACCGUAG